CUAACCUUAAAAAGCAUUUUGUGUAAUCCUGAUUCCCUGAAGAAAUCACUUUGUUACGCACGAGGGCCUCAUCACCCUAGAGGGGAAAAAGUUGUUAAAAGGCAUGUCCAUUAUAAACCUACAAAAGAAGAAUCCCAAAAAAUUACCGAAGAUGUGCAACUGCUACACGACAAGGAACAUUUACAGGAACAUUUAGAAGAUGUCAUUCCGGAACCAAACUUUUCCAAGAUGACCGACGAAGAAGUAGAAUUUUAUUAUUUUCAAGUCCACGACACCGAUAAGAACUCGAAGUUAGACGGUUUGGAAAUAUUACAAGCAAUGUCUCAUACUAGCCAACACGCUUAUGAUGAAAAUGGAAACGAAGUCCCAACGGAGACGAACGCGGAAGAUUUUGACCUCUACAUCGAAUUGAUAGAUCAAGUUUUGGAAGAAGACGACGCCGACCAUGAUGGCUAUUUGAGCUACUCAGAGUAUGCGUCAGGAAGAAGACGAACCAAGAAGAAGAGAGAAGAACACAAUGUUCCAGUAGUCCAAAUGAUUCCUUAAUUAAAAAAAGAAAUGUAAUAAGAAUAUUUAUAAAUUUUUAAUAAAAAAAGCUUACUUAAAUAUUGUUCCGUUAGAAUUGCA